AUGUCCUUCUUCAUUCCAACCCCAUUUUUAUUCUUGUCAUUCCUCCUGGUCUUGAUAUUGACCUCGAACAUGAUGAUCAUGACUCAACAAUUAGAAAUUCCUUCUUUUUCCAUACUCUCAUCCAUUUCUCUCUCCGAUACUUCGACAGGCUCAGCACUUUAUUAUGAUCCAGUUUCCUCCAAAUUGUAUACUUUUGGUGGAGUAGUCAUGACAAAGAGCAUUGGUGGCACGUUGAGCCUUACAACGCAUGACACCAUCCAAGUGGCUUCGACCUCAAGCUCAUCGUCAUCAUCGUCGUCUCAAAACUUGUUGGGCAACUUGCUGGAAGGAAUCACGAGCUCACUGGUCAUGUCGAUUGCUUCCUCGUUUUCAAUCUCUUCAAAUUUACCCUAUCCGACUAGUCAUUAUGCCUUUCAUGUGUUAAAAAACAUGACAAGUGAAAGCAAUGGAACUUCUUCAUAUGCCUAUAUAUUUGGAGGAUACAAAACAACGGCCAUUCAAAGAGCUUCCUUAAAUGCCUUAACCGUAUUUAGCAAAGUUGGAGAGUUACCUGUUGAGAUUUCAUUUGCUGCUUCGAUACGGACUGAAACUUCAUUGUUUCUCGUUGGUGGUUUAGCAAACGAUCGAUCCAGUGGUAGCUCUAACAUUUACUAUGCUUUAACAAAUGACCCUUUGAAAUGGACAUUGUCGAGCUCCAAAUUUCCAGUGGCCAUUGUGUCACCUGUAGUGCUCGUAUAUCAGAGAAUGGUUUACAUUGUUGGAGGAUGUUCAUCACUCACUUGCUCAACAAAAUAUACCUCCGUGUAUUAUGCUUCGUUUAAUAAUUUGACACAAUGGACAUUGGCAUCAAAUUCUCUGCCAUUUUCUGUGAGUUUUGCGAGUACAUUUAUGACCAUUGAUUUUGCAUAUAUUAUUGAGGGAAAUAGCGAGCAAGCAAGAAUAUUAAGAGCACCUUUGACGGAUUUAACUUCUUGGACCUUAACUUCUUCGACAUUUCCAAAUAUGGCCAUUUCUAGAGCUUUUACCACUGUUGGCUCUUCUAUUGUGACAGCCGGCGGAUCAUAUUUAGGUGCUUUAGUUCAGUACUCUAAUACAGAAGUUGCGAUUGCAUCGGAUAAUACCAGCGUGGUUUCGAAUUGUUUUGGAAUUCUCUCGAGUAAUACGAGCUACAGCUGCAACGGACGUGGGCAAUGUCUUUCCAAUGACAAUUGUCAAUGUGUCAACACAACCUAUUAUGGUGACAGUUGUCAAUAUUCAAGCUUGCUCACCACCGUAUUGUCACAACUAGAAAAUUCAACCUUGGCGAAUGUUACACAAGUACUAAGUGACGCGAUCAACAACACCACUACAUUGUUGGAGUCUUCCAAUGUGACGGACAUUGUACCCGAUCUUUCCAGUAAUUUGACAAAUUUAAUUAACACGACAACUAUUGAUAAUUCUACCUCAAUCAAUUUGGAUUUGAAAAAUUUAACAUCGAAUCUUACGGAUGCUGUGGAAUCAUUACUUACAAACAUUUCAAUUCCAAUCACAAAUGGAACAACAAAUGAUACACUUAUUGAAACGAACAUUAAUUUGAACACGACACUGACACCAAUUAUUUCGUUGAUAAACGACACGUUGACGAAUGUUACUCAACAACUGCUUGGAAAUGAAACACUAUUGGAAACAAUCACACCAGAUCUUUCUAAUUUAACAUCCAACAAUACGUUCAACAUUUCAUCAUUACUGAAUGAUACCAUUGUUGGAACAAAUUCAAGUAUGGAAUUGAAUUUCAAUAUUUCUUUAAGCAUUGAAAAUAAUAGCACCAACAUGACACAUGUAAACACCACCGAGUUGCAUUUAGUUCAAAACAUGACAAUCAUUGGAAAUGAAACAUCAUUUGAUCUCAAUCUGAAUAUCACGACUGCACAACAAAAUAUUACAGUUUCAACAAUUGAAAAUAAUGGUACGACAAUAAUUGAAUUGGAAACUAACUCUACAUUGACUAUGAAUUCAAGUUCUAAUGUCACGAAAAGUCUGAAUGAAACGAUAACCACACUGCUCAAUCAAACAACUGUUGGAGUGAAUGAAACUUCUGUGGCCUCUCCCAUUGAGAAUAGCACUCUUGUGGAGCUACAAUUGAGUAACAUUACGCUUUCUCUUAAUGACACCGUUGGAAUGAAUUUCACAAAUUCAACUACUGCAGCUGUCGGUAACACUUCCAUUAUAGGGAACAAUGAUAUAAGUAAUUCAACUCAAGCGUUAUCCUCCCACAUUGAGAACAGCACGCUCGCAGAACAGCAGUUGAGUAACAUUACUCUUUCUCUCAAUGACACCGUUGGAAUGAAUUUAACAAAUGCAACUUUUAAUAACAUUUCCAUUACAGGGAACAAUUCAAGCCAAUUAUUACUGAGCUCGAGUAAUAUGACAAGCUCCAACGUGACAUUUACUAACACGACAACUGUUGACAUUCCCCUCUCUUUCACAACAUGUUUUGGAGUCCCUGUCAAUUCCUCAAUGGUUUGUUCAGGAAGAGGACAAUGUAUUGAGCAUGACACCUGUCAAUGUAAUUCACCAUUUUUUGGGAUUGAUUGUUCAAAAUACACAUGCUUUGGUAUUUUAUUUUAUGAAGUCGGAAAAGCUUGUGGAGGUUCCUCGAGAGGGUGGUGUGUGGCACCUGAUACUUGUCAAUGUGUCAAUAACUAUACCGGAUCGACAUGUCAAAACCUUAUUACCAUAGAAAGGGCUCCCUUACCCAAUAGUUACUCCAUAAUUUCAUGUUUUGGAAUUGACUCAACCAACACCUCUGUUUGUUCCAACGGACAAGGUCUCUGCAUUGCAAAUGACUCUUGUCAAUGCUUCUCCAAUUUCAAAGGUACUCAAUGCGAAUUCUCUUUGAAUCAAUUUUCCAUCUCACUAGACUCUAAUUAUUACUUGGUGAAUACUGAUGUACAAUCCAUUCUGGAUUUAAACGUACGGUUAACCACAUCUUCGAAUCUUGACAAGAGUUUAAUGGAAUAUCAACUCGAAUGUUCAAACUGUUCCAAACUUUUUCCUUCGCAACAAACAUUCAAAGAUGCUCCGAGUUUGAUUUCAUUGGACGUUUCCAUGUUGAGUCCACAUGCAACUUAUGAAUUUUCAUUGAUGGCUAUUACGAGUGACGGAGCUGAGCGUUCCAUACCGUUUCGUUUCAAUAUUGAAAUUGUGAGCAAGAAAUUGGAAACACAAGAUUCUACUAAUCUGGCAAUUGACAGCAUCAUCUUCAAUGGUCUUCCGAGAGCGAUUAUUUUCAACACGAGCACCACGAUUCUUUUCUCAUUAUCUCAGAUCCAGUUCAAUUUACCGUUUCCACAAUUUUUACAAGAAGGUAAUUGUUCAAGCUCUUGCCCUUUUCAAACGAAAUUUGAAUUCAGACUAGUUAAGGAAGUUGCAAGUUCUGAUAAGGGUCCAACUUCUUUUGAUUCUUCUAUUCUUGUCACAGGGAAUGAAAGCUCCAAUUAUUCAAAGAUGAGAGACCUUUUCAGUUUAGCAUUUAGUCCUAUCAUUACCCUUCAACAAUUAAUUUCAAUACCCUUCGAAUCGAUCAAUAUUGCCCUUAAGAAUCGAAUCGACAUUGAAAUUUCCUUUCCAACUUUUAAGAAUGUUUCUCAAAUCCUUUCGAUUCCAAUUGUUGGAAUGGCCUCCGUUCCUUCAGAUUAUUUGUCCAUGACAAGUGUCAGUCCAUCAUCAGGAACGGCCAUACUAGAUGAGUUCUUUGUUAAUACCUCUGAAUGGAUUGCAAACUAUGCUCUCUUCCCUCUCACAUAUGCUUUUGGAUUUUAUCAAAUGUUUACCAAUGAAAGAGUUCGAGUGACAGAAUAUCAAGAAAAACCAGGCGCCUACUUCCCACUGCCAUAUCUAUUUAAGGAAAUUUCAAACACCCAGAGUACUUCUCUUAUAGUCACACAAAAGAAAAUUGAAAUUGUCGUAUUUGUGAAGGAUGUGUUAGGUAAUGAACAAUCUCACAUUAUUGGAGUUGCAAAUAUUUUACCCCUCAAUCAAACCUAUGCCACGACAUUGACAUCCAUUUCACUCAAUUCCAUGCAACGACUGGUGUUGGCUUAUGAUCAAUCCUUUCUACAACUUGCCAACAAUAAUACUGAUCUAGUGAUUGAUGUAGUCAAAAACGUGGAUUUGAAAGACAUCAAAGGUUCUCUCAGUGCUUUAAAGUCUUUUACUUCAGAGACGCCACUCCUAGAUGAUCGAAGAGUCGUCUCCACUGUCUCCUCUCAAGUGAACAAUAUUCUAAACACAAUUUUAACUACCUACGAUCAAGAACUGAACGAUUAUGGAUAUAUUGUGAAUAAGGUUUCUGAACAGGUCACUGUGACAGCUCUCAAUGUCUUGUCUGAUAUUCUCUCUUCACAGGCAACUCCUGCUUGGACUCCCAUUCCUGGAGCUAGCUUUACCAAGGAUCAAAUAGCGAGUGCUCCCAUUGAUGCCAUCGUGAGCUCACUUUCUAAACUCAUGUUGCAGACAGCCACUCCAACAAUUCUAGAGAAUGAGACCAAUUAUACUUCUUCAUUGCCAACCAUUCAUUAUUCGAGCCCCAUGUUGAACACCACUGUGGCAUCGUUCAAGGUAAAAACAAAGAGGAGUCGACGAUUGAAUUUUUCGAAUAUGGAAACCCCCAUCUUAUUUACAAUGAAGUCAGAGAAUACUGAGGUGACCCUCGACUUGUACGAAGUUGUGGAGAAAUAUUCAGGAUAUGACACAACUUUGGGUUUGUCGUUGGUGUCAUUUGCAAAAAAUCCAAAAAUGGAUAAUUUCUCACGAGAACACUCGGCAGGAGCAAGCGUUCACGAAUUUAAAUAUCAUCAGGAAAACAAGGUUGUGGAGCUUUCGGAAUUGAAAACACCAAUUUUACUACAAUUUCAAAUUCCUUUCGAAAAUCGAAUGACCUUGUCCGAAAUUCGAAACAUUUCAACUUUGAAUAUGACAUCCAGUGAUAAUUCUACAAUAUUGAUUGAAACCAAAGAAGAGGCCAUUCUUCGCUGUAUGUAUUGGGACGAAAGGAGGAAUGAAUGGAAUGAUUUUGGUUGUGAACUAGCUCACUACGACGAACGUACUGGAGUUGCCACUUGUCAAUGCAAUCACACCACCAAAUUUAGUACAUUUAUGGAAUUUCGAACGAAAAAUUGGACCACCGUUUUCCCCAACCAUCCACACACAAAUUACACAAGCCCUUCUCUUAUGAAUAGCUUCAUCCAUUACGAGUUUUAUGUUCAAUAUGUGGAAAUGGGUUUAGGGGCCAUUUACACAGUCAUCUCCUUAAUAGUUUUACUAUUUUUGGUCAUCUUUAGAAAACAUCAGCCUGUUUCCAGUCGACUUAUUGCACCCUAUCUUGGAAUGGUGGCGCUUGUCAUUGAAAGCGUGCUAGUAAGCAUUGUUCAACGAGCCAUUUCUGUGAGUAUGAUCACAACAACUAACACUUCCAACCACUCGAGAAAUGAUGAUCCGAACGCAUUUUCAUGGCCAUUCACGUUGGCACUUGUUGAAAAUAUUUCUCUCAUUUUAGUGAAUACGCUCAAUUUAACUGCCAUUCUCUCCUAUUUCAUUCAAGUAGUUCGAUUUCAAUUCAUGAAAGCUCUUUCACACAAAAUGUUUUUGAAUUCUCAGAGAAAGUUAAAUUCCAUGAUGAGACAUAUUCGAUGGUUGAGAUUUCUCACUUCGAGAUCACUUUUCAUUUUACUCAUUUCGAUUUCAAUAGUUGGAAAUUUAUGUUUUUGGACUCUGUGGGUCGUGUUGAGAAGAUUGAAUUUCAUUUCGAGUGAACUCUUCACUACUGUGACCAGUCUGUCCUACAUGUUUAUAAUUAUGGGCUAUAGUAUCAUUAUUUGCAUUGUUAUUUGCAUUGACUUUUCAUGGACAAGUCGACAAUCGACAUACUCGCAAGAUUCUAGAACUUUACAGAAUUUAGAUACCAACAAUAACAAUACUUCUCUCACCAAAUAUCCGUCAUUUAAAAGACCCGCUGCAUCACUGUCACGUGUCAAGAGCGAGAGUACCAUCAAUGACAAUAAUAGCAGCAGUAAUCAUGUUUCGAGCCGUCGUCUGAAUCAAUUUUCACAGCAACAACGAGGAUUUUUGAGAAAAUUAUUUCAUCUCGACACUCCUCUCUACUUCAGAGCUGAAAUGAUGCUAUAUUUGGUGUGUUUUUUGUUCAUGAUGGUUCAAUUAGGAAUUGGAUUUGCAACACAGUAUUUUGAGAAUCGUUUAUUUGUCAUAUUUGAUGGAAAAGAUGAACAAGUGACACAACUAGCAAGUGCAUCAUUCCAGAUAACAUCCUUACCAAGUUUUCCUGAAAAUGGUAAUCGUGGAAAUAACGCCAUAACCAUUUUAUUUAUUUUAAAAAUUAUUGGCGUACUGAGUGAAAUUGGUUACACUCUGUCGUAUAUUGCCAUUUUUGGAGGAUUUUCAUUGUUCGUCUUGUUGAAAUUCAAAGUCAAAUCUCAACACUUGUCUCAACAUGCCAACACUACCAAGAAACAUCUUUCAACACAAACAAGUACCAUGAUUGGUGACGUCACUUCAAAAACAAUCGAAGAAGAAUUAUUAUUCGAAGAUUCUGAAGUUCUUUCACUCAUUACAGACGAUUUGGGAUUUCAUUUCUUUGAAGAAUUUUCUGAACGAGAAUUUUCCUUAGAAAAUUUAUAUUUUUAUAUGGAAUUGUAUUUGAAUCAGAAUAUUAUUUCAGGACAAGAGUUGCAUGAACUUCCAUCAUUUAUUGAACAAUUACAUGUGAACUUUAUUGCCAGUUCAGCGCCGUAUGAAGUGAAUCUACCAUCCCAAGCAAAAAAGAUGUUUAUUGAUCUGAGGGCAAAUAUCGAGAGUUUGAAGGCAAUGAAAAUUAUUUCAUGCUCGAAUUCGUUGAAUGAUCAAGUAGGAAUGCAAUCAUCCAUGAUGAAUCAAGAAAUUUCUGUCACGAAAAACGAUUUACCAUUGCAGUCUGAAAAAACUACAGAUUUACCAAACAACAUGAUGAAUGAGCAUCACGAACUGAAGGAAUUACGAGAACAAUUGAUAUCAUGCUUUGAUCGAUUGGUUCAGGAAGUUUUUGUGAAUUUGGGAGACACGUUUUACAGAUUUAUCCAAACACCUGAAUAUAAAUUUUAUAUGGAGAGCACCAAGAUUAAGAAAAUAGUAGCUAAACAAACGAACAUGGCUUGGAUAGAACCCAACAACGUGUAA